AUGACCUUACCUGAAGCCAAAGAUUUAUCCCACUUGCUUUCUGCUGAAGCAGCAUCGAGAAAAAGUUCUCCAUUAAAAUCUGCGUUUAAGUACUAUGGUUUACCAGGUAUGACCUUUUUAGGUGGUGGAUUACCAUUGUCUGAUUAUUUCCCAUUUGACAAAAUUUCUGCUGAUAUUCCAACUGCUCCAUUCAAGAACGGAAUUGGUGCGCAAGUAACUAAAGAAGAUAAGACUGUAGUUGAAGUUUUCAAGAAGCGCGAAUUAAACGAUCCUGCAAUCAAGGAUAUCGAAUUAUCCAGAAGUCUUCAAUAUGGUUACACGGAAGGUGCUGUCGAAUUGAUUAGUUUCUUGAAGGAACACACCGAAAUGGUGCACAAGCCAAAGUACAGUGACUGGAACCUUAUUUCAAGUGUGGGGAACACCCAAUCUUGGGACGCUACCUUGAGAACCUUUUGCACUAGAGGUGACAAUAUCCUUGUAGAAGAAUAUUCAUUUUCAUCAGCAUUGGAAACUGUCCAUGCUCAAGGAAUUAACACUAUCCCAGUCUGUAUGGAUGCGGAAGGUAUCAUCCCAUCUUCAUUGGCCAAACAAUUAGAUGAAUGGGUUGGAUUCAACAAGCCAAAGUUACUCUACACAAUUUGUACUGGACAGAACCCUACUGGAUCUUCAUUGACUGCAGCAAGAAGAAGAGAAAUUUAUGAAAUUGCCUGUAAGCACGAUUUGAUUGUCGUUGAAGAUGAACCUUAUUACUUUUUGCAAAUGGAAGCAUACACUACAGACUUGGAAAAGAGAAAUCAACGUCAUGUCCACUCGCACGAAGAAUUCUUAAAGGCAAUGGUUCCAUCAUACCUUUCACUUGAUACUGAAGGUAGAGUCAUUCGUUUAGAUUCCUUCUCUAAGGUUUUGGCCCCAGGUUUAAGAUUUGGUUGGAUUGUGGGCCAAGAGCAAUUACUUGAAAGAUACAUUAGAUUACACGAAGUUUCCAUUCAAUGUCCUUCAGGUGUCACUCAAUCACUUACCAACGGUCUUUUGCAAAGAUGGGGUCAAAGUGGUUACUUGGACUGGCUCAUUGGUUUAAGAUCUGAAUAUACUCACAAGAGAGAUGUAGCCAUUGAUGCCGUCUCUAAGUAUUUCCCAACUGAAGUUACUGAAUUUGUUCCUCCAGUUGCUGGUAUGUUCUUCACAACUGCUUUCGAUGCCUCUAAGCAUCCGAAGUUCGAAGAAUUUGGAAAGGACCCAUUGAAGGUUGAAAAUUCUAUUUAUGAAAGAGGUUUAGAAGAAGGAUGUUUAAUGAUCCCAGGUUCUUGGUUCAAGGUUGAAGGUGAAAGUAACCCACCACAACCAAAGGUUCCAACUACCACCAACCCAAACUUGAUUUUCUUCAGAGGUACAUAUGCAGCUGUUCCAUUAGAUGCAUUGGAACAUGGAUUGGAAAAGUUCGGUAAGGCUGUCAAGCUUGAAUUCGGUCUUUAA